AUGAAGCGUGGAUUUCACCAAACUCAAUUGCAACUACUACUCCCUCUGGUCUUCAAACCCGAUAUACAAAUCAAAUCUUCAUAUGGCCGGACUCUAAUCGAGCUGAUUGAUUGCGGAAGAAGAAGAAGAAGAAAAAGCGAAAAUGGCGUACAAGGCUCUGGAUUCGGUCACCUCCUCCGAUAUCGAAGCUCUAGGGGUAGCGUCAGAUGUUGCAGAGAGGUUUUACGAAAAUCUCUCCGAAAUCGUCCGGAAUUACGGGGCGGCCACUCCGGCCACUUGGAAUCGCAUCUCCAAGGAGCUUCUGACGCCGGAACUUCCCUUCGCUCUUCAUCAGAUGAUGUUUUAUGGCUGCUACAAGGACUUCGGCCCCGAUCCCCCCGCCUGGUUACCCGACCCGGAAACAGCAGCCUUCACCAAUGUUGGCCAGCUGUUGGAGAAGCAUGGGAAAGAGUUCCUGAAUUCAAGAUAUACAGACCCUAUAUCAAGCUUCUCUGAAUUUCAGAAAUUUUCAGUGUCAAACCCUGAGGCUUAUUGGAAAUCUAUAUUGGAUGAAAUGAAUGCAUCAUUUUCAGUGCCUCCUGAAUGCAUUUUACAUGAAAAUCCAUCACACCCAGGAGGUCAAUGGCUACCUGGAGCACAUCUGAAUCUGGCAAAGAAUUGCUUGAGUCUGAAUGGGAAGAGAACUCUUGAAGAUACAAUGGUGAUAUGCCGCGAUGAAGGAGAUAAUGAAACACCUAUAAAGAAGACGACUCUCAAGGAACUGCGCACAGAGGUUUGGUUAGUCGCCCAUGCCCUUGAGACACUUGGAUUGGACAAAGGAUCUGCAAUUGCAGUAGAUAUGCCUAUGGAUGUGAUAUCUGUGGUGAUCUACCUGGCUAUUGUUCUGGCUGGCUAUGUGGUUGUAUCCAUUGCUGAUAGUUUUGCUCCAAGUGAGAUUGCAACCAGGCUAAGAAUAUCAAAGGCAAAAGCAAUCUUUACCCAGGAUUUUAUUAUUCGUGGUGACAAAAGAAUACCUCUAUACAGUAGAGUUAUUGAAGCCCAUUCACCCAUUGCGAUUGUUAUCCCAAGUAGGGGCUCUAGCCAUGACAUGAAAUUGCGUGAUGGUGACAUUUCUUGGCAUGAAUUUCUAGGAAAAGUCAAACAUUUCAGAGAAGUUGAAUUUGUUGCAGUAGAACAACCUGUUGAAGCUUUCACAAAUAUUCUUUUCUCUUCUGGGACUACAGGGGAACCAAAGGCAAUUCCAUGGACCCUUGCAACACCUCUAAAAGCUGCUGCAGAUGGUUGGUGCCAUAUGGAUAUCCGCAGAGGUGAUGUAGUUGCUUGGCCAACUAAUCUUGGGUGGAUGAUGGGUCCUUGGUUGGUUUAUGCUUCACUGUUGAAUGGGGCAUCCAUGGCUUUAUAUAAUGGAUCUCCCCUUGGUUCUGGCUUCGCCAAGUUUGUAGAGGAUGCUAAAAUAACAAUGCUUGGUGUAAUUCCAAGCAUUGUAAGGACAUGGAAAACUACAAACUGUACAGCUAGCUAUGAUUGGUCAGCGAUCCGUUGCUUUGGCUCCACUGGUGAGGCAUCAAAUGUGGAUGAAUACCUUUGGUUGAUGGGGAGGGCUCAGUACAAACCCGUCAUUGAGUACUGCGGGGGUACAGAGAUUGGUGGUGGAUUUGUUUCUGGGUCAAUGUUGCAGCCUCAAUCUUUGUCUGCUUUUAGCACACCAGCUAUGGGCUGCAAUCUGUUUAUCAUUGGCAAUGAUGGAAGUCCACUUCCACCAAAUGUUCCAGGAAUGGGUGAAUUGGCCCGGCCCCUAAUGUUUGGAGCUUCAAGUACACUUCUAAAUGCAGAUCAUUAUAACGUCUACUUCAAGGAAAUGCCUAUCUGGAAUGGACAGGUUCUACGAAGGCAUGGCGAUGUUUUUGAGUUUACUUCUAGAGGGUACUAUCAUGCCCAUGGUCGGGCAGAUGACACAAUGAAUCUUGGGGGCAUCAAGGUAAGUUCGAUUGAGAUUGAGCGUGUCUGCAACACAGUGGAUGACAAUAUCUUAGAGACGGCAGCAGUUGCAGUGCCACCUCCAGGGGGUGGCCCCGAAAGGUUGGUAAUCGCCCUUGUCUUAAAGGAUCUAAGUGAUUCAGCACCGGACUCAAACAAGUUGAGGACAUCUUUCAAUUCUGCUCUGCAGAGUAAACUAAAUCCUUUGUACAAGGUUUAUGAUAUUGUGCCCAUUUCAUCUCUUCCAAGGACAGCUACAAAUAAGGUUAUGAGACGGGUUUUGCGGCAGCAAUUUGCACAAACUGACCAUCUAGGAUCUGGUCAUUGUUAUUCUAAUGGGGCAGGGCAGCAUUUUGGUUGAGAUCAAACUGUCAAAUCCAUCCUCAUCCAAUAAUCAUUCUUGUUUUGUAUCAGUUUGGAAAUUUUCUUUUUCUUUAAGCAAAAGAGGAAGGUGGAGUGUCAAAAAUGGUAACCGUUCUAGGUAUGGUCAUGGGAUUAUUGUUCUAAGGAUCCACUGUUGCGACAAUAAAUGAUAUGGAUGUGCAAGAAAACGGUGUCUAGUAAUAAAUUUGAUUAUUUGUCUUUGACAAGUAAAUUUCUAUCA